CCCAACCUCAACCAGAACCCCCUGAUCAAUGUGCGCGACCGCCUCUUCCAUGCGCUCUUCUUCAAGAUGGCAGUGACCUACGCGCGGCUCUUCCCACCCUCCUUCCGCCGCGUCUUCGAGUUCUUCGUCCUCCUCAAGGCUCUCUUUGUGCUCUUCAUCCUGGCAUACAUCCACAUCGCCUUCUCCCGCUCGCCCAUCAACUGCCUGGAGCACGUGCGCGAUAAGUGGCCGCGCGACGGCAUCCUGCGGGUGGAAAUCCAGCGCAAUUCCAGCCGAGCCCCCAUCUUCCUGCAGUUCUGUGGUGCUGACAAGUUCCCGGGGAUGGUGGUUGAAUCCCCAGCCGAGGAAGAGGAGGAGGAAGAGGAGGAAAUGACAGUGGAUAUGUUUGAAAACAGCUCUGUCAAGUUUGAGCUGGAUAUUGAGCCCAAGGUGUUCCUCAAGCCAUCCCGGGUGAGCAGCACCGAGGCGCUGACCCACAACGAAAGCCGGGAGUUCUCAUUUAGUGAAGCAGCCACUAAAGUGUGGCCACAGGAGGAGUACAUAGUGGAGUACUCACUGGAGUACGGGUUCCUGCGCCUGUCCCAGAGCACUCGGCAGCGCCUCAGCAUCCCGGUCAUGGUGGUGACUCUGGAUCCUACCAGGGACCAGUGCUUUGGGGACAGGUUCAGUCGCCUGUUGCUGGAUGAGUUCCUGGGUUAUGAUGACAUCCUGAUGUCAAGUGUCAAAGCCUUAGCUGAAAAUGAAGAAAACAAAGGUUUCCUUCGCAAUGUGGUGUCUGGGGAGCACUAUCGCUUUGUCAGCAUGUGGAUGGCCAGGACUUCUUAUCUGGCAGCCUUUGUCAUCAUGGUCAUAUUUACUCUCUCUGUUUCGAUGCUGCUGCGCUACUCGCACCAUCAGAUCUUUGUCUUCAUUGUUGACCUGUUACAGAUGCUGGAAAUGAACAUGACAAUUGCAUUCCCUGCAGCUCCUCUCCUCACUGUCAUUCUGGCUCUCGUAGGGAUGGAGGCCAUCAUGUCUGAGUUCUUCAACGACACCACCACCGCCUUCUACAUCAUCCUCAUCGUGUGGCUGGCCGACCAGUACGAUGCCAUCUGCUGCCACACCAAUACGAGCAAGAGGCAUUGGCUCAGGUUCUUCUAUCUGUACCACUUUGCCUUCUAUGCCUACCACUACCGGUUCAACGGGCAGUACAGCAGCCUGGCUCUGGUCACCUCCUGGCUCUUCAUCCAGCACUCCAUGAUUUACUUCUUCCACCACUACGAGCUACCAGCCAUCCUCCAGCAGAUCCGCAUCCAGGAGAUGCUGCUGCAGAACCAGCAGGUGGGUCAGGGCACUCAGACCACGCUGCAGGACAACCUCAACAACAACACCACCGCU